AUGGCCGCACGGAAGCGCGAGCCGCCGUCGAGCUGGGCGGAGGCGAAGAAGCCCCGAUUGAAUGGACAUGGCGUGAAGACAGAGCGCUCGACAUUUGUGGAAGACCUGGAGAGCAUGACGCCGGUGCCCACGACAGCCAGUGCGUGGGCGCGCAAGCCCUUGGGCCCCCUUGACCCGCACGUGGACGCAGUGGCUUUCCAAUGGAUCGACAUUGACAUGUACGACGGGCUUCCGCUCCAGAAGAACCCGAAGGAGGGAGCGGCAGUGCCGGGAGUCCAGUUCAGUGGAGUCGCGAGGCAGAGCGCAGCUGUCAUCCGUCUCUUUGGCGUCACGAUGGAAGGCAACAGCGUGCUCAUGCACGUCCAUGGCGUGUUGCCCUAUUUCUACUGCUUUUGUCCAGACAAUUUCGAUGAGAGUCGAUGUGGAGACGUGCGACAGGUACUUGAUGCUGCCGUGAGCCAGCGAGAGCGAGACAGUAGCAGCAGCAGCAGCAACAGUGCGCGUGUCGUGGGUGUUCAAGUCGUGCGGGACAAGAUGUCCAUCUACGGCUACCAGUUUGACAGGACCACGACGCUUUUCAAGAUCUUUUUGAGCAUGCCCAGCUACGUGCCCAAGCUCCGUAGCGUCCUGGAAGCUGGUCUCACGCUCCCGGGCUGUGAUUUUCGCAAUUACCAGACGUAUGAGAGCAACGUGCCAUUUAUUCUGCGCUUUAUGAUCGACGAGGAUGUCAGAGGAUGCAACUGGGUGGAAGCGCCCCAUGGCACGUACUCGGUACGCUCGUCCUCCCAGAAAAUGUCGCUGUGUCAGCUGGAGAUCGAUAUCACGUACGACAAUUUAGUGAGUCAUGCGCUAGAAGGAAGAUGGAGUAAGGUGGCUCCUUUCCGGAUCUUGAGUUUUGAUAUCGAGUGCAUGGGUCGGAAAGGACACUUCCCGGAGGCCGAACAAGACCCAGUGAUUCAAAUUGCCAACGUCGUACAGGAGCAGGGAUCUACCACACCUAUUAUCCGCAAUGUCUUUGUGCUAGACACCUGCAAACCAAUAGUUGGUGCGCACGUGAUGGAGUUCGAAAAAGAAGGAGACAUGUUGGAGAAGUGGGCAAAUUUUGUGCAGGACGUAGACCCGGAUAUUAUCACUGGUUACAAUAUUGCCAACUUUGACAUCCCGUACGUCCUCAACCGUGGCAAGGCUCUUAAGUUGCAGAACUACAAUCGCUUGGGUCGACUAGCAAACACUGCGGUCCACAUGGAAAAGAAAACGUUUAGCUCGGCGCAAUAUGGCAAGAGCGAAAACGUUAAAACGACGAUCCAUGGACGAUGCAUGUUUGAUUUGCUGCCGAUUAUGCGUCGUAACCAACAGCUGAGCUCAUACUCGCUAAAUGCAGUGAGUGCUGCUUUCUUGGGUCAACAAAAAGAAGACGUGCCUCACGGUAUCAUCAGUGACUUGCAGCUAGGUACUGACGACGACCGCCACCGUCUCGCUGUGUACUGUCUGAAAGAUGCGUACUUGCCGCUACGAUUGCUGGACAAACUCUCUUACCUCGUUAAUCACAUCGAAAUGGCCCGUGUUUCCGGCGUCCCGAUCGACUUCCUGAUCGAGCGCGGUCAGCAAAUCAAAGUUUUCUCCAUGCUUUUGCGCAAGUGCAAGGACGCAUCACUCGUUGUGCCGACGCUCCCUCGCUCGCAGAACAGUGAAGACACAGGCUAUGAGGGCGCCACUGUGAUUGAGCCCAUGAAAGCAUUUUACACAGUACCCAUCGCAACUCUUGAUUUUGCAUCCCUGUACCCGUCGAUCAUGCAGGCCUUCAACCUUUGUUACUCGACGCUAGUGGCGCCUGGAGAUGCGGACAAACUGGCUCCUGGUGAUUACCAGAAGUCUCCAUCGGGAGAUAUUUUUGUGACAAGCAAAAAGAAGAAAGGCAUUCUGCCACUGAUACUGGAGGAAGUGCUGGCAGCAAGAAAGCAGGCAAAGCGAGAUAUGGAUGCUGCCACUGAUCCAAUGGAAAAAGCAGUGCAAAACGGUCGACAACUUGCUCUCAAAGUGAGUGCAAAUUCUGUGUACGGAUUUACGGGUGCAAUUGUUGGGCAAAUGCCAUGCAUUCCAAUCGCGUCAAGUACAACAGCAUAUGGUCGCCAGUUGCUGUUCCGUACGCGUGAGGAAGUUGAACGCGUGUACACGGUUGCAAAUGGGUACAAGGCGGAUGCACAAGUAAUAUACGGAGACACGGAUUCUGUGAUGAUCAAGUUUGGUGUUGACACCGUGGCCGAUGCCAUGCCACUUGCUGAAGAGGCUGCCAAGCGUGUGUCAGAAAUUUUUCCAGCUCCGAUUAAGCUGGAAUUUGAGAAGGUAUACUUUCCGUACUUGCUGAUGAACAAAAAGCGGUACGCUGGUUUGCUCUGGACAAGGCCAGAAAAGUACGAUAAGCUGGACUCCAAAGGCCUUGAGACCGUUCGUCGUGACAAUUGCUUGCUGGUACGGCGUAUGGUCGAAUCAGUACUGCGCAAGAUCCUUAUUAAUCGAGAUGUGCCGGGCGCUAUUGCCUACACGAAAAACGUUAUUUCGGAUCUGCUGCAGAAUCGCAUCGAUAUCUCACUGCUGGUGAUCACGAAAGGGCUGAAAAAGACUGUUGAUCAAGAUGACUAUAAGGUAAAGCAGGCCCACACUGAGCUGGCUGAACGAAUGCGGAAACGGGAUGCCGGAUCUGCUCCAGCUCUGGGUGAACGUAUCGCUUACGUGAUUAUUGACAAGGGCAAAGCCACGCCAUUGUACGAGAAGGCGGAGGAUCCUGUGUAUGCCCUGGAAAACAACAUACCGAUUGACUGCGACUACUACAUGAAACAGCAGUUGCAAAACCCGCUGGAGCGUAUUUUUGAGCCCAUCAUUGGCCUGAGUAAGGUCAAGUCAGAUCUUCUUAAUGGUACGCACACCCUCAAGCGUUCUAAACCCAUUCUAAAGCAGAACAGCGGCGGCAUGAUGAAUUUUGCUGUGAAGAAGCUGAAGUGUCUAGGCUGCAAGGCCCCACUGAAUGGCAAGGGAGCGCUUUGCCGCAGCUGCAUUGAGCGCGAGGCAGAAGUAUUUUCACGUCAGCUCGUGUCGGUCAAUGAGCUCGAGCACAUGUUUGCUCGCCUUUGGACACAAUGCCAAAACUGCCAGGGCAGUUUGCACCAAGACGUGUUGUGCUCCAGUCGCGAUUGCCCGAUCUUUUACAAGCGCAUAAAGGUGCAAAAGGAUCUUGGAGAGGCCCAGGCCUCGUUGGAACGUUUUCAGUCCGUGGAUUGGUAG